UAUUUUACGGUAAAACCUUUAGUUAAUUCUUGUUAUUGUAAUCGUUAACGGAAAAAUGACUGGCAGAGGCAAAGGUGGUAAGGGUUUGGGAAAAGGUGGCGCUAAGCGUCACAGGAAAGUUCUACGAGACAAUAUCCAAGGAAUCACGAAGCCCGCUAUCAGAAGAUUGGCCCGCCGCGGAGGGGUGAAACGUAUCUCUGGUUUGAUUUACGAAGAAACUAGAGGUGUACUUAAGGUAUUCCUAGAAAACGUUAUUAGAGACGCUGUAACUUACACCGAACACGCAAAAAGGAAGACUGUAACAGCAAUGGACGUCGUAUAUGCUUUGAAACGCCAAGGUCGUACGUUGUACGGUUUCGGAGGUUAAAUUUCACCAUCGAAAUAUUGCUAUCGGUCCUUUUCAGGACCACAAA